CAGAAGCCUGGGACUGAUGUGAUUUUUCAUCGAGACACUCAGUAUAUAUGAGUAGGGUCGUGAAAUUCGAUUGAAUUAUUGCACAGGGCUUCCAUAUCUCUGAUAGCGUUGGCACCGGGGCGACGGAUCAUGCGUCGGUGCUUAGAUGUCGAGCGUCGAAUAUUUACGAGAUGUAGAUGACAAAGGAAUACAACGGAUGAAACUGGAAAGUAUAAAUUAAAUACGCGAACGAUAUCGUAUCAGUAAUGAACACGUGAGACUGCGAGGCGCAUACACUUCCGUAACUCCAAAUGAGGAUAAUCGAAAACUUUCUUCGCGUGUGGCCACAAUGGACCGUUUGCAUAACAGUGACUCUGUUGGGUGUCGAUCUCGGACUGGUCGUCGGUUGGACGUCGCCCUAUCUAGCUAAACUGACCAACAACGAAUCCGUGUUGCAAAUAACGAAUGAUGAAGCAUCAUGGGUAGUUUCCUUGGUUCCGUUCGGGCGACUCUUCGGUGCCGUUAUCGGUUCCAUGGCGAUGGAAUAUUACGGUAGCAAGAAGUCCCUAUUAGCUACGGGACUAUCUCUCAUAAUAGGCUGGAUUGGCAUAAUAUUCGCCAAUUCUGCUGCUUGGUUAUACGUGUCAAGAUUCUCUUCUGGGAUAUCACUGGGAAUGUUUUACAGCUGCUUCGCCCUUUACAUGGGUGAAAUAGCAUCGCCUAAUAUACGCGGAGCUCUGGUCAGCACAAUUAUAAAUGGAUUACCGUUGGGGACAUUAAUCGGGAACAUAAUGGGUCCUUACAUGUCGAUGAUGUGUUUCGGGAUCAUAAGCCUAGUUGUGAACGUCUGCUUUAUAGUGGUAUUCCCGUUUCUCCCACAGUCGCCGCAUUAUUACGUGCGCCGGGAGAACUCGGUGGAGGCAAAAAAGGCAAUACAGUGGUAUCAGAGAAAAUCAAACGUGAACGUGGAGUUAGAAAUGAUAGAAGAUUUCGUGCGAUCCUCUAAGUCUUUGAACUUUCGCGACAAACUGCGCCAAAUCGUACAAAAGAAAAACAGACGCGUGUUCUCGAUAAUCAUAUUUCUGUUCAUUUUCAUGCAAAUGAGCGGAAUGAACACCAUCGUAUUCUAUAUGGAGAUCAUCGUCAGAAACGCGAAGGUGACGUCGAUCGACCCGGCCGCCGUUGUCAUGAUCUCUAACGCGAUAGGUAUAGUCGUCGGCUGGAUCAGCGUCUAUUGCAUCGAUCGUUGCGGCCGGAGGAUUCUCCUAGCGGUGUCUAGCGCGUGUUUGGUCCUCGCGACGCUGCUUCUGGGAUUGCAUUUCAUGCUGCUUGAUCUAAAUUACGAUCCGAAAAAUUUCGAAUGGCUACCCAUUCUGGCGAUGAUACUUUACAUGUUGAUGUUCAUCGGUUUGGUACCAGUACCGAGCACGUUGCUCAGCGAGAUGUUUCCGGAUGAUUUAAAGAGCAUCGCGGGAUUCACGGCCGGCAUCUCUUCUGGCUUGUUCGCGUUCAUUUCUAGCCGAACUUAUCAACCAAUGGUCGAUCUUAUGUCCGAGAAAUACGUGUUCUGGUUGUACGCAAUAAUCAUGACCGUGUGCUUCUUUUAUUGUCUCAUAGCCGUGCCGGAAACCAAAGGAAAAACGUUGCAGGAAAUACAAGAUAUGCUGGCUGCGAUGGACGAGCAAGAGAAACCAAAUUUGGAGACAAAAACCAAAUGCGAUAGCAAACAUUAAGAUGCAAUUAAUGUAUUGUAAGAAAUCAACGAUCUCAUUAACUAUUAAAUAAAUGUUCUAUAAAUA